CUGACUCAGGGCUGCCUGGGCCUCCUUGCCACCCGCCUGGAAAUGAUGCAAGUCCAGUCUGUCACCUGAAUCCCUGCAGCCCAGCCUGGAAUCCGUCUGGAUUGGAGGAGGGGCGAGAAACUGGCACCCUAGUUUGCCCCCAGCAUCACUGUGCCCAGGAAACGCCUCCAAUCUGUCAAGGCCUCGGAGCUGGGAAUCUCACUGAAUUCCAAACGUCGGAAAGAGGAAACUUUCCCAGCACGAUGCGGGUGUGGUGCGAGCCAGGGGCCCAGGGGAGGGGGAGGAACGCUGUUCCAGCGCAGAACGUCCCCUCUCGCCCUUCCUUAGCUGCAACCGGAGCCGGGAUUCGCUUUUAUUUUUUUAAGUCCGUUCGGCCAUUGCCCUGGAGCACCCGCCCACGCGCACGCAUCUCCGGCCGCGCUCACACACUCAGACACGCACGCAAACGCGUGGCCGCCGCCAGGUCGCCAACUUUGUCCGGCGCUCCCGGCGGCGCUCCGCUUCCUCGUGUAGUAGUUGGGCGCAGGCCCCGCCUCCCGGCCGUGUUGUCAAAUGGGCGGGGGUCUCGGAUUGGUCCAGCCGCCGGGACAACACCUGCUCGACUCCUUCAUUCAAGUGACACCAGAGCUUCCAGGGAUAUUUGAGGCACCAUCCCUGCCACUGCCGGGCACUCGCGGCGCUGCUAACGGCCUGGUCACAUGCUCUCGGGAGAGCUACGGGAGGGCGCUGGGUAACCUCUAUCCGAGCCGCGGCCGCGAGGAGGGAAAAGGCGAGCAAGGAGGAAGAGUGGGAGGAGGAGGGGAAACGGCGAAGGAGGAGGAAGAGGAGGAGGGGAGCACAAAGAAUCCAGAUCUCCGGGCGGGAGGUUUACACCAAGAACCAUGUGUACCGAGCGGCUGGGCCAGUUCAUGACCCUGGCUUUGGUGUUGGCCGCCUUCGACCCGGCGCGAGGGACCGACGCCACCCAUCCGCCCGAGGGUCCCCAAGACAGGGGCUCCCAGCAGAAAGGCCGUCUGUCCCUGCAGAACACAGCGGAAAUCCAGCACUGUUUGGUCAACGCUGGCGAUGUGGGGUGUGGCGUGUUUGAAUGUUUCGAGAACAACUCUUGUGAGAUACGGGGCUUACAUGGGAUUUGCAUGACUUUUCUGCACAACGCUGGAAAAUUUGAUGCUCAGGGCAAGUCAUUCAUCAAAGAUGCCUUGAAGUGUAAGGCCCACGCUCUGCGGCACAGAUUCGGUUGCAUAAGCCGGAAGUGCCCCGCCAUUAAGGAAAUGGUGUUCCAGUUACAGCGGGAAUGCUACCUCAAGCACGAUCUGUGCUCUGCCGCCCAGGAGAACACGCGGGUGAUGGUGGAGAUCAUUCACUUCAAGGACUUACUGCUGCACGAACCCUACGUGGACCUGGUGAACCUGCUGCUGACCUGCGGGGAGGAGGUGAAGGAGGCCAUCACCCACAGCGUGCAGGCUCAGUGCGAGCAGAGCUGGGGAAGCCUGUGCUCCAUCCUGAGCUUCUGCACCUCAGCCAUCCAGAGGCCCCCCACCGUGCCCCCCGAGCGCCGGCUCCAGGGGGACAGAGCCAGGCUCUCCAGGGCCCACCACGAGGAAGCGGGUCACCACCUCUCGGAACCCAGUAGUCAGGAGACCGGCCGAGGUGCCAAGGGCGAGCGAGGUAGCAAGAGCCACCCAAACACCCACACCCGGGGGAGAGCGGGCAGCCAUGGGGCCCAGGGAACUUCUGGAAGCAGCGAGUGGGAGGACGAACAGUCUGAGUAUUCCGAUAUCCGAAGGUGAAACGAAAAGCCUGGCCAGGAAAUCUUUCCGCCACGCCGUCCAUUUUCUUCUCUAUGGACAUUCCAAAACAUUUGCCAUUAAAGAGGGGGGAUGUGGCUCGCAGGAUUUGGUGAGGCUCGCAGACUUGAUGAAGGUGUGUGUUAGUGGAUGAACAGGUGAGGCGGAGACGCCCUGGGCAGCAACAAGGUCUCGGCUGUGCCCGGUGGGUUCCGCCCUUGCCCAUCCUCAAGUGGGGCUGCCACGUGUCAUCCCUGCAACUUUGUCUUCCUUCCACCUGCAGAGCCCUGGGCCCCGGGUCAGCGGCCUGCUGUUUACUCUGCUGUGGGGGAGGUGGAGCGGGGACGGCGCAGGUUAAGCGGCCCACCUGGGCUGGCCCACGCGCUUGGUGCCGGUCCCCACCCCCUAGCUCUGGUGCUGUCCUGGCGGAGAGCAGCCGGAUUCUGGUCAGGCGUGGAUGUGAAAAUCUUAAGAAUCAGGAGAGGGGUGGCAAGGAGGCGGGACCGUGUGGGUGCUUGGUGCCAAACCAAAAUUCAGUUUCUUGCAUGGGACCUCGAGGUUUGCAGCUGCUUGACAGGGGCGGGCGGGGGUUCUAAGUGUAAUUUCUGAGCCAUUGUUCUGUCGGGAGGCCCCUGUCUGAGGGAGUGGCCCCUGUGUGUUUGUACCUUAACCACUGCUUCAAGUCUCGAUUUCACUUUUUUAUUUAUCCAGUUACAUCUGCAUAUCUGUCGUCUAAAUAAAUGGCUUUCAAAUAAGGCAACUGGGUCAUUAAAACCAGCUCAAUGGGGAAAAAAAAGCCAGCCCAUCUUUUGGGGCUCAUUUUUUAAGUGCUGUUUUAAAAGGAAUCGACAACCAAUGCAGCCGUCCACCUGACUGCCUGGCGUGGGCUUGGAGCCACUUAGGGCAAGCCCCACGCCUGGAGGACAAUGCACACACAAGGAGUACGUUUGACACGUCCCUCAGCAUCUCCUUAUCUCCCCUGGACCCUCAGCCAAGAUCGAUAAAGCACCAUGCCCUGGACUCCGUGAGGCCAAGUUGGAAGGCUGCCUUCUCUGUGCUGGAGGAUUGCAAAAGGGGAGAGGAGAAUGGAGACAACUCAGUAAUUUCCAUCAGGGAAUGCCGACCUUUUACAUCAAUGGAGGAGACUGCCGAAAAUCGCUGAGGGACGGGAUAUUCCAGAUCCUGAUUGGAAAUUUAGCAACGAGGAAAGGAGUCAGAAUGGACAAAGGAAAGGCAGAGAGGAGAGACAGAACUGAAAAUACCAGGAGACAAGGGCGAGGAUUAUAACAGAAAGUGUCAGCAGCGGAUUUCUGGCGGUUACCUAAAAAGUUUCAGAGAGAGGCCUUUUCUUUUCUUUCCUAAUAGGCUAUCAGAUUAUCCUUCCUUGUAGCCAGUACUCAAAUAGGAGCACAGGAUUGCAAGGAGUGGACGGGUGUCCUGGGCCAGGUCCUUCUAGAGCAGGGGUUAACAAACUUUUCCUGUAAAGGUCCAGAUAGCAAAUACACUAUUUUCAGUUUGGCCGGUCAUAUGGUUUCUGCCGCAGCUACUCAUCUCUGCUGUUGGAGCAUGCAGCAAAUGCAUGCAGGCAACACGUAACAAAUAGACCUGGCUCUGCUCCAACGAAAUUUUAUUUCACAAGUGCCCAACUGGAUUUGGCUCUUGGUCUGAGUUUGCUGACCCCUGUUCUAGCGAGUGGUCAAAACGUAUGCAUCCUCCAUUUGUAUCAGCUCCUAGCUCUCCCUCAAACCAACGUGAGGACAGAGGGAAAGAAGCUAAAUUUAUCUACUCCAAAAUGAUUUGUUCCGAGGAAUGCCUUACCCAAAACAGCUAGUAUUUAGACACCCAAAAUCUCAUUGCCGUGGACAUGGUGCUGGAAGGCCAGCUCCCCGAUCUUUCAUGAUCCGUGUUGGAAAGAAACCGUCUGGGGCUUGGGGGGAUGGGGGCGAAAUGCUGGGAGAAGCACCUAGAAAGAACUGGAGCUGCAGGAAGCAGAGGAGAUGGUGCCCUUAAUCCAGCUCUGCCCGAGGAGGUAGGAGGACCGGUGUGGCAGCCUCUGCUAUGGGAACCGAACGUAAGCCGUGGUUCUCUCCUGCACAGGCCACCGCAGCGCGUUGACCGUUUCACUCACAUCACUCAAAAGCUGGAGCAAUAACAUUCUCCCGCGUUGCUGGGUCAGCCGUUCAUUUGUUCGCCAGCUCCUAGGCUGGAUGUGUGAAAGGCAUCACUUUUAUAUUUUCCUCAGUGUAAAUGUUGUAUGUGUUCGCCUACUGACGUCCCGGUUUUUGCUUCGAUUGUAACUAUUUGUCAUUUGUAUUUAUUAUCUCAGUGUUUUCCCCCUGAGGCAUAAAACUGCUUGCCGUGUUCAUUUGAACCCCUUCACUGAUCUCCAUCGGAUGCUUUUCAUACUACCGGUUUGUUUCUUCUCACAAGUCAGGCAGAUGUCAUUUCAGUCUGGUUCCUAAUGUUUUGAAGCAUAUGACAGUAUUUAUUGCUAAGAUUCUUUUGCUCAAAACUGAGGAAAGUCCAAAUUCCCCUAAGCGUUCAUUUGUACCCUCUAAGCUGUAAGCGAAGUGGUCGUUAAAAAUCGACCCUUGCCUUGGUCUUAAUGCUUGAUGCAGAUUUACGCAUGAGCCUUCCUUUGAGGAAGGAUGUGGAUUUCCAAAUAAAGAUACAAUGUUUAUUUUGAGCUUUGCAUCUUAACAAGAUGAUCUGAACACCUCUCCUUUGUAUCAAUAAAUAGCCCUGUUAUUCUGAAAUGAGAGGACUGAGUAGAGUGAAAUGCUGACACCCAAAACUAAAUAAAUAGAAAACGCCAGCCCAGAACUGUAGUCAGACUUUGACACACACACACACACACAAAGAGAGAAAUUUAAACUUGAACCGAGUAAAGAGCUUCGCUAGAAUAACAUGGAAAAACAAUGCUCCCAGGGCCAUUUCCUAAGGAAGAACAACCUCGUCUGAUCUCAGAAUUGGCACCACGUGAGCUUGCUAAGUCAUAAUAUCUGUUUCUGUUAUGGAUUUAGGCAACAGGAUCUGUACAUUGUCACAUUGCAUUAUUUUUCUCCAAGCAUUAAUAAAGGUUUUAAAUAAAUGGC